UUGCUUUUUUUCAAUUUAAUUAUUUCGCUAACUGUGAUUUAACUGUAUUGAUGGAAAACAGUGUUCCAUGGUUUAAGUAAGGUACAGUGAAAAAAUAAUUUCCGCAAGUUAAAAUUUGCAAAGUUUUGCAAUUAUAAAAACUUCAAAACUAAACAAAAAAUAAUGUUUCCAAUAUUGGCGCAUGGAAAUUUGCAACGCUUGCGGCAUAAACCCAUCUGGGUGCUGUUUCUGGUGAUUUUCUUUGUUAUUGUUUUGGAUAAGACAGCAACAGCGACGACCGAGAAUGAAGUAACAACAACGCCAGAACCAGAUGCUUCACCUGGCUGCAAGGCACCCGAUAUUCGCUUCACUGUCAUACGUCCAGAAACCACCACUGAGCAACCGUAUGCAAAAUUCGAGACAACUCAGAUUUAUCUACCGGAGGAUUAUACCACCUCCGAUGCGGAGUUUAUCGAAAGGAUUAACAUAGAUCUGACCGCCCGUCAGCCUGGCGUCAACGACAAUAAGAUGAGCGCUAUCGUUAAUCCCUACCAAGUCGAACUGGAUGACCAGCACGGCCUGGCAGGGAUGCACGGUGCUGAUGACGCACUCGCCGCCAUCGACGACGAGGAGGACGAGGCGGCCGACUCCGAAGAUGGCACACGCAAACGCAAUCAGAAUCGCAAGCUGAACAAGAAACGCCGCUCUGGCGGUGGACGUCGCCGCCGCAUUGAAAACGAAAAUGGGCAAACACGCGGUCGCGGCAGCCGAUAUAAGCGUCAGGUGAUCCAUCAUGAUCCGGAUGCAUCGCCAGACACAGACAAGUGGGGUGGCAGCAAGUUGGCUGCCGAGGGUGAUGUUUACUAUGUACAUAUUGACGACAUACUCGAGUCGGGUACACCAAAUGCUGAGCUGCGCUUGAAAUUGCAUAAGUUGAAACGCAAAAGCAAAUCAAAGAAUUCCACAUGCACCGACGACGUCAACAAGGAGCAAUGCAAGCAGACAUUGUCGAAGAAAAAGAAGAAAAAAGCGAACGCAACCCACUUAACCAAGCAAAAGGUGGGCGAGAAGGUGAAGCAGACACAAGACAAGAAUGUCAACAUAAAACAGCAUCAUCGAAGACGUGGUGACAGUCAUGAGGACAAACGCGGUGAACAGCGAAUGCUGCAGGCAAAUCGGAAUUUGAAUUUGAAUUCGAAUUUGCGAUAUCGCCGCGAUACCAUCGGGGAACCAAGGCUGCAGACUGCUAUGACUGCGGCUAAUGGCACUGACAGCGACAAUGAUUUGGAAACGGAGGCGGUGAAUGCGAUGGAUAAUAGCGACUUGGCUGCGACAACAAUUUGGCGUGGCAGUAGCAAUGGCAAAAACAUAACGAAUAAUUAUAUUAAAAUGAGUAACGAGCAGCUGCCGGGCGAUGGCGAUGUGCCGGCGGUGUAUGGCAAUGAGACGGGCGCGGAGGCGCUGCAGCGCGUCAAACGCAAGUCCGGCAAGACAACCGGCGCAUUGAGUCGCCCCAAGGGCGGCGGAGAUUCCAGCUCGAAGACGACAAGUCGCAAGGAUAAGGGUGAGUAA